UCUAACAGUCCUUACCUCAGCACGGCCAUCGUUCUCGCCCUGAAAUCUCGACGAAAGUCAGCGCCAACAGCUUCACUUAGCUCUGCAAGGUCCCCAACGGAUAUCAGAUUGGCCUCCAACUAUCAGCAUACCACCCACCGAGCAUGGUCGAUUCAGAUGAUGAUUACAUAGAACGUGGUUCUGUCUCGUCAGAUGAAGAUGCGGAAGUAACAAUAUCCUCGUCAAUAGGAAAUCCUGGCGCUCAUGGAAAUGCCAGCGCAAGUAAUUAUGGCACCCGAGCAAGAACAAAACCUGCCGACAUGGUGGCAAAUGCGAACAAGAAGAGCAAGGAGAAGGUGAAGCCCAGAGGGCGGGAAAUGGCCUGGGAAAGAGAAAUCCGGACAGACUUCCGAGUAAGGGAGGGGCAAGACGGUUUGAUUAAGGGACAUGUGGAAGGUCUUGUGGAAGCUAGGAAGAGAAAGAGGCUACGACAAGACACCGAACCAUUCCAACGAGGCAUCAUUCGCCAUGUUGCUCUUGUCCUCGACCUCAGCGAAGCCAUGCUUGAGAAAGAUAUGCGCCCAAACCGCUACCUCGUCACCCUCAAGUACACACAGGAGUACAUUCGCGAGUUCUUCGAGCAGAACCCGAUCAGCCAGAUGCUCAUUCUCGCCAUGUACGACGGUAUAUGCAUCAAGAUCAGCGACCUCAGUGGCAACCCGUCCACACACAUAUCCGCCCUCAUCGCACUACGAAACCCACGUAACCCCCGCGAAGUAGCCAAAGAACCAAAAGGCAGCCCGUCUCUCCAAAACGCCCUUGAACAUGCCCGCGCCUCUCUCCACCACACUCCAUCCCACGGCACGCGCGAAGUCAUCAUCAUACUAGGUGCUCUGCUGUCCCUCGACCCCGGCGAUAUCUUCAAGACUAUCUCCGCCUGCGUCGCAGACCACCUGCGCGUGGCAAUCAUUGGCAUGGCGGGCCGACUCCGUAUUUGCCAAGAAAUAUGCGCGAAGACAAACGCAAACGAUCCCUCGUCGUACACAGUCGCGCUCGAUCAAACACACUUCCGCGAGCUACUACUCGCAACCACAACGCCGCCAGUGAUUCGCAAGCCCACUGCUGCGGCGCAAGCGGCGAAUCCAGCGUCUUUGUUGCUGAUGGGCUUCCCGAGCAGGGUCAUCGAGGAUAGCCCCACGCUGUGUGCAUGCCACGGACAGCUGACACGGGGCGGGUAUACGUGUUCGCGGUGUAUGGCGAAGGUGUGUUCGUUGCCGAGCACCUGCCCGAGCUGUCAUCUUACCCUUAUUCUGUCGACGCAUCUGGCGAGAAGCUACCAUCAUCUGUUCCCGCUGCGGAAUUGGGUCGAAGUCAGCUGGCAGCGGGCGCUGAAGAAAGGCAGUGUGCAGUGUACAGGGUGCUUGACUGCAUUUCCGCCGGUGCCGGCGGAUAUGAGGGAUUCCAAGGGAAAAGGAAAGGUAACUAAUGGGAAUCAUGAGUCGAACGGAGUCAACGGCGCUGUGCGGCAAGAGAAGGUCGAGGGAGCAAGCGAAAGCUCACGUUACGAAUGCGAGACGUGCGGAGAGCAUUUUUGCAUAGAUUGCGAUCUGUUCUGUCACGAGGUUGUGCAUAACUGUCCAGGUUGCCAGAGCAGCGUGCCCGAGGGGGAUGUAGUUCAGGGGCAGAACGGUGCUGCAGGGGACGGAAACAGGAUGGAUGUGGAUUGAGAAAAUAUCUCAUUCGAAAGUUUUUGGUUUUUGGGUGUAGUUCUGCCAGUCUUGGGAUUAGCGAUGGCGUUGCGGUGCUCUUUUCUUCGGGACUCUUUUGGAAAGAAAUACGCAAGGAGGGAUGGAUACACGAACUAAAGCGGCUGUACGAAGUGACGUGAAGAGAAGCGAAGCGAAGUAGAAGCAGACAGACACGACGAUAGACAAUUCAGGAUACACGAAACCAUAACC